CCAAGUGUUUUAGGCCCAACUCCAUAUCCCAAUCCAACUGCUUUUUCCCAAGAACACAACCAAAACAAAGGGUGCUAAACUGAGCUCAGCAUGAACACCGAAGAAAAUCAAGAAACGAAGGCGGAUUCCCCGACUAAUUCGCAGAAAACUAUUUCUUCUGAUGAUGAAAUUGACUACUCUGUCAAACCAGAAUUUUAUGAUCCUGAACUCGACAACAAAGAUCAACUAUGGGUUCAGAAGAGAAGGAAAGGUCAAUACUCUGAUGCUGUGCUUAGCUGCCCAGCUUGUUUUAGUACCCUUUGCUUGGAGUGUCAAAGACAUGAAAAAUAUGUGACCCAGUACAGAGCAGUGUUUGUUACCAACUGUAAGAUUAAAAAUGACCUAGUCGCUCAGCCAGGUAUCAAGCGGAAAAGAGGUAAACGAGGGAAAGGUAGUUCAGAGACUGAUGCAGGUUCUGCUGGAGAGACAUUUAAGCAAGUUUGUUGCUCAACUUGUUCAACCGAGGUGGGAGUAAUUGAUGAAGAAGAGGUCUAUCAUUUCUUUAAUGUUCUUCCAAGUGAGUCUUGAACACUUAGAUACAUAUAAAAUUCAAUAUUUUUAGAGAUUUUUGCUGACCUCAUUUUUGUCUGAUGUUUUCCGUUACAUCUUUAAAUGAAUCUCAUAUUCAUAACUAAAGAUAAUAUCGUUUCAUAUUCCAAGCACGUUUCUUUUUUA